CGCCUUCCCUGUGUGUGUGCGUUCAUUUGCACGUUCUCCCCUCGCCAGUGCCACUUCGUUCAGUCUGGCCUUGUGGCUAGUGCCGCACCCCCAGUGACUAAUACCGGCCGCAGCGUGUGGCUAAUAUCUGAAGCACUUCUCUGCCCAUGUUGACUGCAUCCUGUGGCUGAUACCUACGGCGGAGCGUUGACUGAUAUCUGUCGUGUCCAGUGACUGCUACCUGUCACAUGACUGUGGCUAGUGCCCGAAUUAAUCACUAACUGGCACUGGUGGCCGGGCGCAGGAGACGUGUUUGAGGCAGCAGCAGGAGCAGUAGUGGAGGUGUAGUGGCGGUGUGGACCUACAGGUCGCGCGCAGUGCUUGUCGCACCAGGACCCACACUCAACCAUCAUCAACAUAAGGAUGUUGUGUGGCAUGAUCAAGCAUGCCUUGCUGGCGGUGUGUGUGCUGACAUACGCAUGGGCCUGGGCGCACGAGGGCCCCAGGAACCCAUGCGCCCUCCAGAUAGUGCGUGGGGGCAAGCCUGGCACAACUCUCCAUCACCAUCUUUACGCCAACGUACUCAACGUGCCUGUUCCCGGCACGGUGUGUGUGACCUACGCUGAUGUUGACGCUGCGCUCUACUCCGCCUCCACACGAAUAGCUGUCAGCCCCCCUCAGAGAGGAGAGUGGAGGCCCACCGAGCUGGCACGCGUCGGAGAACUCAUCCUCGAGACGUCGAAGAUCAUCGCAGCACAGUACGGAUUAACAGCGGCGGAAGUGACAUAUAACUUGCCACUACUGGACACCACCAAGACGGCCGUGGCUAACGUGUGCCCGCGCUUCGCCUCGCCCAUGACCUGCACCCCUGGCAAGUAUCGCAGAUAUGACGGCCUCUGCAACAACCUCUACAACCCUACCUGGGGCGCCGUCAAUGCUGUUUUCGCCAGGUUUCUCCCUCCGGACUAUGCGGACGGCAUCAGCGCCCCAAGAGUGGCCCUGGACGGCUCUCCCCUGCCCAACGCUCGUAAAGUCUCUGCAUUGAUCCAUCGCGACGACGGCUUCCAUGACCACGCCGCCACCCUUAUGCUCAUUGCCUGGGGCCAGCUCAUGGACCACGACUUUACCCUCACCGCUACUGCGCUAGAUCGUCGGACCCGCAACGAGCUGGAGGAGUGUUGCAACCGUCCGCCCCACGCCAAGAACCCCUACUGUAUGGAGAUCACCGUCCCUCACGACGACCCCUUCUACAGGCUCUUCAAGUUCACCUGUAUAGAUUUCGUUAGGGGCUUCCCAGGCGUUAAACAGAACUGUAAAUUAGGUCCACUCUCACAGUUUAAUCUCCUGACUGCCGUGAUUGAUGGCAACACAGUGUAUGGAGGCAGUGCGGAAGCUGCCAGGGAGCUUCGUGCUGGGGUUGGAGGCCUCCUGCACCACCACGACUCCUUCCCAGGUCUCCCGCUCAAGCAUCUCCUACCACUCAAGAAUGACAUCCCUGAUGAAGGCUGCAUCCGUUCGACUGGCUCCCAGAGGUGCUUCCUCGCAGGUGAGAUUCGUGUGAACGAGCAGCUGAUCUUGACAUGCGCCCACACCCUCAUGAUGAGAGAACACAACCGUGUCGCUGUCCAGCUCGCGGCCCUUAACCCGCACUGGGACGACGAGAGAAUCUAUCAGGAAGCGCGGUGCAUCGUGGUGGCGGAGAUCCAGCACGUUACCUACAACGAGUUCCUGCCUCAGCUCCUGGGGAAGGAUGUGAUGCACCAGUUUGGAAUUCUUCUGCAGAAGGAGGGCUACUGGGACGGCUACGACCCCAAAGUCGACCCCAGCAUCUCUGCCUCCUUCUCCGCCGCCGCCUUCAGGUUUGGUCAUUCCCUCCUGCCGUCUUCCGUCGAGCGCUGGAGUCCCACCCACAAGUUUAUUGCCUCGAAGCGUCUCCACGAAUUGAUCCGUCAGCCUUUCGACCUGUUCCGUCCCGGAGUGUUGGAUGAGUACUUCAUGGGCAUGUUGAACCAGCCCAGCCAGGCCAUGGACGACGGCAUCACUCAAGAGGUCACCAACCACUUGUUCGAGAAGGAGAACCAACGGCAUGGCUUCGACCUGGUGGCCUUCAACUUAGCGCGAGGUCGAGAGUUUGGCGUGCCGGGCUACGGAGCAUGGAGGAGAUUCUGCGGACUGGAGCCCAUCCUGUCCUUCGAGGCUCUGGCUCACCUCAUGACCAACAACACAGCCGCCAUGUACGCCAGUGUCUACAAGUCAGUGGAUGAUAUUGAUCUGUGGAGCGCCGGAGUGUCCGAGCGGCCUCUCCCAGGCUCCCUCCUGGGGCCCACCUUUUCUUGUAUUAUCGCUACCCAAAUGCAGCGGGUAAGGCGAGGUGACCGGUACUGGUACGAACUGCCCAACCAGCCCUCCUCCUUAACCCCUGACCAGCUGGAGUCCAUACGUAAAGUUCGUCUAGCUCGAAUCCUGUGUGACAACACUGACAACAUCGAUAGCCUUCAAGUGUACCCAAUGGUCUUGCAAGACCCCCGCAUUAACCCACGAGUGUCCUGCAAGAGUGGCAUUAUCCCCCAUAUGGAUCUAACGCCUUGGGUUGAACAUCCACAUGCUGCUCAUCCACCUAAACAGGUUUUGGCGGGCUCGAGCUUGAAGGCUGGAGUACCCAGAACUUUAGCGCACCACUCAUUCUACUACUCUUUUGGACUCUUACCUUAAAGAAAUAUUACAACGGCCAGAAUUACUCUACUAGUGCUAUUGUAUACAAAUGUUUAGAAAAGAAUAAUAAGACUGGUUGGUGAAGUCUCGUCAGUGCAACUGUACACGAAUCACAAUAAGUGUUUAUUUUCACUGAAAUUCCCAUUGAAUGGAUCACCGACACCACAGCAAAAUACCAUUGCCUCUACACUUUCAUUAACUCCCAUACCUGUCAUAUACCUCUCAUAACAUACGUCAACCUAACCAACAACUUUAGUUUUAAUGCAAUGGUCAGACGAAUAAUUUAUUUAAUGUAAAAAAAAAGUUUUUUUUUUCCCUGUUCUAUUCUUAGUUGUUAAUUUGUCAUUGUUAAAUCAAGGACACGCACAACAACUGAUUCCUCUUUGCCACCUUCAAUUAUUGUACAGCAUAGCAUGUUGAAAAAGCAAGUUCGUAAGAUAUAUUUUAUAAGCAAAAGUAAGGUUUAGGCUCUAGACAGUUGUGGUACAUGACUAAAGAACUACAGCAAUUCACACUAUCUUUCAUCUAUCUGAAAUUUUUUAAAAUUUUCUUGUAUAUAUAUAUACUGUAAUUCAAGUCUAUUUACCUCCUGUUGGUGUAAAUUUCUUAAACGGAUUAUAAAUAUCAUCAAACCUGUCUUACUUCACAAUAAAGAACAAUUUCUAAACAGAAUGGUCAUGGUCAUAUUUUUUUUCAAAAUAUAUUUUUAAAAUAAAA